AUGUGUGACCUGAGCGCUCUGGAUAACCUGGUGGCCAACACGGCCUACCUGAAGGCUCAGGGCGGCGACGAGAAGGAACUGAAAAAGAGACGCCAGAGCCUGUCGCUGCCCAAAUCCGAGAGCUGCGCCGGCAUCAGAGCCACCAUCGAGAAGGACUUCGAGUCCCUGUGUGAGCUCCAGCCCAUCGGGAAGAAGCUGUUCCGGCAGUACCUGGGGACGGCGCCCGAGUACGCCACGGCGGCCGAGUUCCUGGACGAGCUGAACGAAUGGGACCUGGCCGAGGGCGCCGCCAAGGACAAAACCCGCACCAACAUCAUCAACCAGUUCUGCAAGGAGGGAUCCAAGAGCUUCCUGUCCUACCUGAGCGGCGACGCCCUGGAGAAGUGCAAAGCCGUGACGGAGAAGGAUUUCGAGGAGGUCAUGAUGGGCAAGGUGAAGGAGGGCACCAGGGAGUUCCUCAAGGGCAAGCCCUUCACGGACUACAUGACCAGCCCGUUCUUCGACAGGUUCCUGCAGUGGAAGGAGUACGAGAAGCAGCCCAUCAGUGACAAAUACUUCUACGAGUUCAGGACGCUCGGAAAAGGCGGGUUUGGAGAGGUGUGCGCGGUGCAGGUGAAGAACACGGGUCAGAUGUACGCCUGCAAGAAGCUCUGCAAGAAGCGCCUGAAGAAGAAGCACGGCGAGAAGAUGGCCCUGCUGGAGAAGAAGAUUUUGGAGAGGGUGAACAGCCCGUUCAUCGUUAGCCUGGUGUACGCCUACCACACCAAGAGCCACCUGUGUCUGGUCAUGACCCUGAUGAACGGCGGCGACCUCAAGUACCACAUCUACCACAUGGGCGAGAAGGGCAUCGAGAUGGACCGCAUCGUUUACUACACUGCCCAGAUCACCACCGGCAUCCUGCAGCUCCACGCCAUGGACAUCGUGUACCGCGACAUGAAGCCGGAGAACGUGCUGCUGGACAGCCAGGGUCAGUGUCGGCUCUCCGACCUCGGCCUCGCCAUCGAGCUGCCCGCCGGCAAAACCACCACCCAGAAGGCCGGUACCGGGGCAUACAUGGCUCCCGAGAUCCUGACCGACAUCCCCUACAGGACCUCGGUGGACUGGUGGGCCCUGGGCGUCAGCAUCUACGAGAUGGUGGCCGGUUACACCACGUUCAAAGGUCCCGACACCAAAAAGGAAAAGGUGGAGAAGGACGAGGUGAAGAGGCGCAUCAUCGACGAGGAGCCCAAGUUCGAGCACAAGAACUUCAACUCGCUGACCAUCGACAUCAUCCAGCAGUUCCUCAGGAAGAAAGUGGACGAACGUCUGGGCUGCAGAGGCGACGACCCCAGAAAGCACGAGUGGUUCAAAUCCAUCAACUUCCCGCGUCUGGAGGCCGGCCUCAUCGCCCCGCCCUGGGUCCCCAAACCCAACGUGGUCUACGCCAAGGACACGGGGGACAUCGCCGAGUUCUCCGACGUCAAGGGCAUCGAGUUCGACACCAACGAUGAAAAGUUCUUCAAAGAGUUCAGCACGGGCGCCAUACCCAUCCCCUGGCAACACGAGAUGAUCGACACCGGACUGUUUGACGAGCUGAACGACCCCAACCGCAAGGAAUCCUGCGCCGGACUGGACUCCGAAAAGAAGUCGGGCACGUGCGCGCUUCUGUGA